GGCCCUGCCGGACCACCAGGUACGCCGGGUAAACCUGGUCCGCGUGGACCAAAGGGAGAAAAAGGAAAGCCUGGAGUUCCUGGCACGCCAGGGCAGCAGGGUGCUCCAGGAGACCGUGGAAAUCCCGGAACACCUGGUCGACCUGGACAAAGAGGGGAACGUGGCAUUCCUGGAGAACCCGGAGUUAAUGGAUCAUGUGACCACUGUCCUACGCCAAGGCUACCACCGGGAUAUUGA